CUAUCUGGAGCGGCCCCCCAGUCAGCAACGGGGAGCCCCAAAUCAAGCUCGACAAAAUCCCCUGCACCUCCACCAAAUUCAGCGAAGAUGGAUCGAAGCUCAUGGCUGUUCGCUCCGAUUCCCUAAUUACCAUCUACGACGCCAGCAAUUUGGCGGAAAUUAGGGCUUUCCAAGUCCCCAAUCUCCUCGCGGCCAGCAUAUCGCCGUGCGGCACUUAUUUGCAGACAUUUCAGAAAUCCUCCGCGCCGCAGGUGAAGAAUGUGGUGCUGUGGAAGACGGAGACGGGGGAAUCGGUUUAUCAGGUGUUUCAGAAGAAUAUGGCGAAGGCGACAUGGCCGUCGAUUCGAUUUAGCUCGGAUGAAGCUGUGGCGUGUCGAUUGGCGACGAAUGAAGUGCAGUUUUUCGAUGCUAAGGAUUUCUCGAAAGGGAUUGUUCAUCGGCUUAAAGUGCAGGGGAUUGCUGCAUUUGAGCUCUCGAAGAGCCCUGGCUCGUAUGUGGCCGUAUUCGUUCCUGAAUCGAAGGGGAUGCCAGCCAAUGUUCAAAUAUUUUCUUGUGCGAAGGAGUCACAGAGUCAGCCUGUUGCGCGGAAAAGUUUCUUUAGGUGUUCCUCAGUGCAAUUGCAUUGGAACCUCGGUUCCAAGGGACUCUUGGUUGUCGUGCAGUCAGAUGUUGAUAAAACGAAUCAAAGUUAUUAUGGGGAGACCAAGCUAAAUUAUCUGACUACAGAUGGAAUUUACGAGGGAUUAGUGUCACUUCGUAAAGAAGGGCCCGUACAUGAUGUUCAGUGGUCGUCCUCUGGUAAAGAAUUUGCAGUUGUUUAUGGAUUUAUGCCCGCAAUGGCAACAAUAUUUGAUGCUAAGUGCAAACCCCUGCUAGAGCUCGGGACCGGCCCAUACAAUACUCUUAGAUGGAAUCCGAAAGGAAAAUUUAUAUGUUUGGCAGGAUUCGGUAACUUGCCUGGUGACAUGGCAUUUUGGGAUUAUACGGAAAAGAAGCAACUGGGAGCUACAAGAGCUGAAUUAUCAGUGUCAAGUGAGUGGUCCCCAGACGGACGCUAUUUUAUGACUGCAACAACAGCCCCAAGGCUGCAGGUUGACAAUGGGAUCAAAAUCUUCGACCACAAAGGUUCGUUGUUAUUCAAGAGGAUGUACGACAAGUUGUUUCAGGUAGACUGGAAACCACAGUCACCCGAUAAGUUUGCUGAUAUUGAAGAAGUUGUGAAGUCUGUCGGCUCACUGAAAUUGGACGAUACAACCACGAAACAAGGACAAGGAUCGAAAUCUGCGCAGCCCAUUUCAAAACCAGCUAUUCCACAAAAGCCCGCUGCCUAUCGCCCGCCUAGUGCUAAAGCAGCAGCUGCAGUUCAGGCAGAGCUAUUCGGAGAAAGUCCUACUGGAGAACUGAGCAAGAACGCGCUGAAAAACAAGAAGAAGAGGGAAAAGCAGAGGGAGAAAAAGGCUGCGGAAGCCAGCUCUGGUGGAACUUGACUGUGUCCGAGGGCCAUUUUCGAGGGUUCUUGAGCUAUGGCCAUUUGCAAUGAGGCUGAUUAUGAGAGUUUUGAUAUUAAACUUGACUGAUAGUGAGAAGAAGAAUGCUUCUAAUGUAUGAAUAUAUAUUAUUUUCAUGUUCAAUUUUGACAGAAAAUUAUGGUUGCUUUUGGCA